UUUGUUUGUUGGCUUAAUGUGGUUUUCAGGACUUUGCUUGUGUGUUUCGGUUAGUUGUUCCAGUGUACUCCUGCAAGUAUUUUUUGUCAAUAUAUUUUGUUCAGUCCACCUUGCUCCUCUUGCCUCCCUGCCUUUCGGUUCUUUUACACACACAACAUGACAAUUUUGGAUGUAUAUUUUUAUUUCUGACCGACUCCAAAGAAGUAUCGUGCCUCACAAGUCAUGCACGUCACGGUUCUCUCUCUUUCGCUCUCUCUCUCUUCAGUUUUGUAAUUCUGUUUCGUUUUUGCAGAAAACAGUGGCGAAAUACAUUACAACAUUCCAUCGCCAAAUCCCACUUCAAUUCAUAUUUCAUCUCUCCGAAUGCGAUUCAGACACAGGGGGAAAAUAAUCUACAACGGUUAUCAUCAUGAUCUUGGUUGGGAAGGUGACUUGAACUCAUUUGAUCCAAUAAUCUGAACUCCAACAGUCUGUGAGCCAAUAACCUUGCGCAGUGGCAAUGCAAUUGAUUCAUAAACCCAGCUUCUUAUAUACAGCCUAUAUUUCGACCUCAUCUCUCUCACACCAACACGGUACAGCACACAGGCGCCAGCGCAGACUCCUCCUUCACUACCUCUCUCUCCUCUGCGUCUCCGUGACACCUUGCAAAGAUGCCUUUGCGGAGACUAAACGCACAGCGGGGAUUGGCAGUGAAUAGGACAGGCUAUUAGCAGAAUCAGCACCCCUCCACCACCACCACUCGGGCGCACCGAAGCAUGCCCGAUCGCAGCCAUGACUUGCUCGGCGUCAGAUAGCGAGAAGAUCGUGAUCAACUGCGGCGGGAUCCGACACGAGACCUACCGGAGCACCCUGAAGACGCUGCCGGGCACGCGUUUGUCCUGGUUGACGGAGCCCGACGCCUACAGCAACUUCGACUACGAUCCCAAGUCGGACGAGUUCUUCUUUGACCGCCACCCCGCCACUUUUGCCUUCAUCCUCAACUACUACCGCACCGGCAAACUUCAUUGUCCAAACGAUGUUUGCGGGCCGCUCUUCGAGGAAGAACUCGCCUUCUGGGGCAUCGAUGAGACGGACGUGGAGGCAUGCUGCUGGAUGAAUUAUCGGCAGCACCGCGACGCGGAGGAAGCUCUGGACAGCUUCGAGACCCCCGAGCCAGACGCGCCUGAGGAAGAUCCGGCUCUUACCGGUGGAGCGGACGGUGACCUGAAGCGGCUGUGCAUGCAGGAAGACGGUCGCAGGGCGACGUGGUGGGAGGUGUGGCAGCCCAAGAUGUGGGCGCUCUUUGAGGACCCGUACUCAUCCAAAUACGCCCGGUAUGUGGCAUUUGGUUCCCUCUUCUUCAUCCUCCUCUCCAUCUCUACGUUCUGCCUGGAGACCCACGAAACCUUCUACACCAUAUACAACCUGACUGAGAACGUCACUGUCAGCAAUAUGACGCACGAGGAGACAGUGUUUGAAGUGGUCACAGAUGGAUGGCUGACGUAUGUUGAGGGUGUCUGCGUCAUUUGGUUCACAAUUGAGGUGCUACUGCGUGUUAUCUUCUGCCCUGACAAAACAGAGUUUUUCCGCAGUGCCCUGAACAUCAUAGACAUUGUGGCUAUCGUGCCCUUUUACCUGGAGGUGGCACUUAGUGGCCUUUCCUCCAAAACAGCCAAAGACGUACUCAGCUUCCUGCGUGUAGUUCGCUUUGUCCGAAUUCUGCGCAUAUUCAAGCUCACCCGCCACUUUGUUGGUUUGCGGGUCCUGGGCCACACUCUGAGGGCAAGCACCAACGAGUUCCUGCUGCUCAUCAUUUUCCUGGCGCUUGGGGUCCUCAUCUUUGCAACCAUGAUUUACUAUGCUGAACGCGUAGGUGCUGACCCAGAUGAUCCAACCGCUGGUGCCCACACGGACUUUAAGAACAUUCCCAUUGGGUUUUGGUGGGCAGUGGUGACCAUGACAACACUGGGCUAUGGAGACAUGUUUCCCAAGACAUGGUCAGGGAUGUUGGUGGGCGCCCUCUGUGCCUUGGCCGGUGUUUUGACCAUCGCCAUGCCUGUCCCAGUCAUUGUCAACAACUUUGGUAUGUACUACUCCCUGGCCAUGGCUAAGCAAAAACUCCCCAAGAAGAGGAACAAGCAUAUACCCCGUGCACCACAGCCAGGCAGUCCCAACUACUGCAAACCGGAUGCCCUCGCCAUGGCAACCGCCUCACCGCACAGGCUGAUGGGCAAUGUUCUGGGGCCUGGCAUGGUGGGAUCUGGCAGCAUGAUGGGUGCCGGAGAUUGUCCACUGGCACAAGAGGAGAUCAUUGAAAUCAACAGGGCAGAUUCCAAACAAAAUGGUGAUGCGGCAGCUAAUGCAGCAGCACUGGCUAAUGAAGACUGUCCCACCAUUGACCAGGUUUUGGGGGAUGAGCGGAGCCCAGCCAUCGGGGGUCAUGGUUCCACCACCAGCCGCGAACGUUACCCACACGAUCGGGCCUGCUUCCUACUGAGUGCUGGGGAAUUCCAGCGUACAACGGAUGCCAAUGUUCGAAAAGUAGGAGGCACCGUAAACGGCUAUUGGAGCGACAGCCCUUGGUAGAGGAGCAAACGGACAUAAGCAACAAGCCACAUGGGAGGAACUUGUGGGGGAAAAAAAGAGACAGCAUUCAACGUCCAAAUAUGCAAAGGAGAUAAAGGAGACUGUGCUGUGGGAUCUGUGAAGUUGUGUUCUGAUGCAACGAGUGUGCACAUGGAUGGGUGUUUGCGUGUGUGGGUGUGUGGGUGUGUGUUCACAUGUGCAUGUGCAUCUACCUCUACACAGAUGCGCAAAUGUCAACCUUUAUGAUAAGAGGAAGGAAUACUGAGCAAAGUUUGUAUUUAUUCUUUGCCUAAUGAAGCAUCUUUUUGUCCUUUUCUUUUUAUGUGACCCCCCCGCCCCCAACUUUCUUCAAAAUGAGAGGCCUGUUUCUCUGAUCCCUCAUAAUAACGCAGUGAACUAGAAAUGAUUUAUUUCAUAUUGAUUAAGUUAUAUGGCCUCUGGUUAGACCAUUAUGUUGUUUUUAAGCUUUCCUUUCAUGAUGAAUUGACGAAGAACGUCCAGCCAACAAUUUUACUCCCCGUGUGAGGCUGACGAGUAAUUAAAGCUAAUAAAUCCAAACACAUUUAUCAGAAAUAUAUCGUUACAAUAACUUAUGUGACAAAACUGAUCCUCGUAAAAAGUAUUCUUUUCUGUUAUAUUGUUUUUAUACUUUUACAAUUGGUGUUGUUUAGAAGCUUGCCUGACAGGAAAAUUUUACUUUUUUUUUUUACAGGAAACUGAGUGAUAUUUGAUCAAAUGUGCUUAUUUUCAUUCUGGGCAAGAUGGAGUGGAGGGGAAAGGAGAUCAAUAUCGGUCUUAAGUGCUUAAAGUCGAGCCAAACAUUAGAAGAGCUUUCUUGCCCAUGAUUGAUUUGCCCCUGAUUGUGCACCAAUAAGACAAAUGUAGAGAGCAAAGUGUUUCAGAACUUUUUAGUGUCAGUCUUGCAUUUUCUGUCAGCAUAACUUACUGUACAAAAUAGGUCCCCGGCUCUCGUUGUUGCAUAGCAGCUUCAGAUUGAUUUCUCAUUUUGCGGCAAAUAACAGCAAAGUGGGACUUUUUUACUGAAAAUUGUGGCGCGUUCUUUAAAGUGGAUAGCCGAUGUACUGUACAUGCCAAGGUUUUGUUCCGGCACAAAUGCUGACCUACAUAACGAUGUCAGUGCGACUGGGCCACGAUUCAGUCAAUUUAAGGCAGCUUUAAUGUGGACUGAUUGAAAUGGGAGUUGGUCCUGCAGGGUUUGGGGUUCAUUGUACAACAUGGGCAUGUUAGGCAAAAGCUUCCAUUUUCCAAGAGGGAUCUACGAUUUAGAUGUAUUCAUUCGUUGAUGUAUUUCUUUAUUUUCUUUUGGGGGUUCCUGACAAAUAUGUAGCUCACUGUAUGUGGCAUGGACACUGCACACACAUACACACACACGCACACACACACACGCACACACACACAUUGAGACCUGUUUCCCCAGUUUCUCACCUCAACCUCCUUUCGCCACUUCUUGAUAAAGUGUGCCACUUACGUCACGGUUAUGUAGAUAAUAUGUAAAAUGUGUAUUGUAGUUAACUGCACGGAUUUCCAUUGCAAGCAAUAAGGACUCUGGUAUGAAAAUAAUGUGAGGGUGUGUGGUAAGAUUUUAUUCUUGAGCUGAUCAGAUAUCAACUGCACGUGUGUGUGUGUGUGUGUGUGUGUGUGUGUGUGUGUGUGUGUGUGUGUGUGUGUGUGUGUGUGUGUGUGUGAUUGAGUGUGUGUGUGUGUUUUGGCACAUGCAUAUGCACUAACAAAAGCAUGACAAAAAAAAUCUCUUUGAAUGCAAAAAGAGGCAGGACAUGCUGACAUUAUGCAUGCCAAAAUGCGAUGAUACUACUGGUCCAUCAAGACCAAGCUAGGUACUGUAACGGGGCUGGGCAAGGGAGGGAAAGUUUAUUUUUGCAGGAUGGGGAGGGAUUACAUUUCUUAUGUCUUGUAUAGCAACUUUCCUAUUGAUCUUGAGAGACUUGUGCUAAGAGAAACAUUCACAUGUUUAGCUGAUAAUCCCCCCCUUUAAUUCUGUGCUUCUUUUAAUGAUCAAAAGUGAUGCUGAUAGCCACGUGCUGAUCAGAUUUAUGCAAAGCCAUGCAGUAAAUGUGCACGAAUGCUAAGAUAUUAAAAACAUCUUAAUAAUAAUUAC